GCGUUCUACUGCUGCUGUCUGAAAUCUAACUGUUUAUAAUAGGAAACGAAACAAAAUGAGAGUUGCCAUUGGUGCCACUCGUCAUGGCUCUCUGCCGACAGCCCGGCGGCGCCGCUCCCUGAUCACCACCUGCUCCACCUCUUCUGAUUCUUCGAAACGGUGUCCGUCUACUGUCAGGAUCGGCAGACAGUGGAUGGAGUACCAGGGUGCCAACAACUGGGACGGCCUCCUCGACCCGCUCGAUGACACGCUCCGCUCCGAGAUCGUCCGCUAUGGCGAGUUUGUCCAGGCUGCCUACACCUGCUUCGACUUCGAUCCCUCCUCCCCCUCCUACGCUACCUGCCGCUUCCCCAGGCACUCAUUCCUCCGCCGCUCCGGUCUCCCCUGCACCGGCUACCGCGUCACCCGCAAUCUCCACGCCACCUCCGGCAUUCGGCUCCCCCGCUGGGCCCGCGCUGCUUCGACCUGGCUCUCCCGCCGCUCCAGCUGGAUCGGCUACGUCGCCGUCUGCCAGGACGAGGACGAGAUCGCUCGCCUCGGUCGGCGCGACAUUGUCGUCGCCUUCCGCGGCACCGCAACCUGCCUCGAGUGGCUCGAGAACCUCCGGGCCACUCUCACCCACCUCCCUUGCCCCUUCCCACCCUCAGCCUCCCAGCCGGAGCCAAUGGUACAGCGUGGGUUCUGGAGCCUCUUCACCUCCCCCGGCUCUAUCCGCCGGUGCCUCCGGGACGAGGUGCGCGAUGAGAUCGCCCGGCUCCUCGACGCCUACGGAGGCAAAGGCCAGCCCCUCAGCCUGACAGUCACCGGUCACAGCCUCGGCGCCGCGCUCGCAGUCCUCACCGCUUACGACAUCACGACGACGUUCCAAGACGCGCCGAUGGUCACUGUGGUUUCGUUCGGGGGACCGCGCGUCGGCAACGCCAGCUUCUGCCGCCGGCUGGAAGAACGAGGGGGCAAGGUGCUGAGGAUCGUGAACACGCAAGACAUCAUAACCAAGGUCCCCGGGUUCGUCAUCGACGACAACAAUGUGAAGGAGGAGGACAGCAGCGAAGGCGUGAUACCGAGCUGGCUGCUGUCAAAGACAGGGUGGGUCUACGCCGACAUCGGCCGCGAGCUCCGUGUCGACGGUCGGCGGACGGCCAAUGUGGUGGCCUGCCACGACCUCAGCGUCUACCUCAACCUUGUGAACCAGCUCAGUGCCAAGUGCCCCUUCCGGUCAUUAGCCACGCAAGCGAUGGCCGGUCAGCGAUGACUCCGUUCAUCUUUUUUCCGGGACAGUCUCAUUUUGUUUCAAGUACAGCACCAAUGUGUUCCCUUUUCCCAUUGUUCUUGUACGUAUGGAAGAAUCGAAAGCGAAAUAAAAGAGAUGGUUCUUAGAGGAAGAAAGGAAAAAGAGCACGGAAAAUGGAAAAGGGCUUCCUUGUCUCGUUAUGGUGGGGUAGGUGGGUGUGGCCUAGCUUUAACGACCCCAUGGGAUAUUUCAAAGUAUGAGACUUUGGCCUUCGUAAAGUAAGAGCUCUGAAAGGUUUAUGAACAAAGGGUUUGACUUCAGACGAGAAGGUUCGAGCUUUCUUCUUGUUCUCAUUGUAGCCGUUUGUAGCCGAAAGUGGUGCGAGGGUGCAUGGUGAU